AUGGCGACAAGGCGGUCGUGCAGGAUGCUCUCGCUCAGGCGCGGCGCCGUUUUUCUCUGUUUGUGCUUCGUCCCCGGCUCUGUUUUCGCCACGCUUCGUCUUCACCAGGACCCGCGGUUCAUGCUGCCCCAGGACCGGGGCUUCUCUCUGGUGAGCGCCCCGGGCCGGUUCUCGGAGAGCUCCGCGGGGGGAGCGGCUGGAGCUUCGCCCGAGCAGAGGAGCCGCAGUCGGCGGAGCGCCGCCGAGAGCUCCGUGCCCAGGGUUUACGGACAGGCCAACCUGAAUGACUCCCAUAACCAGAUGGUCGUGCACUGGGCUGGAGAGAAGAGCAAUGUCAUCGUAGCUUUAGCCAGAGACAGCGUCGGCACUACCGACCCGAAGAGCAGCUCGGUCUAUGUGUCCUAUGACUAUGGAACCACUUUCACCCAUAUAUCUGAGAAGUUUACACUGUCUGGUGGGAAAGAGAACAGCAGGCAGGUGAUCUCCCAGUUCUACCACAGCCCCGCCGACAACAAAAGGUACCUUUUUGCGGACACCACAAACAGUUACUUAUGGAACACCUUUGACUUCUGCAAGAAAGUGCAAGGAUUCUCAGUUCCUUUCAAGCCCACAGACCUGCUACUGCACAGCAAGAGGCCCAACUUGGUCCUGGGAUAUGACAGUUCCCAUCCUGAUAAGCAGCUCUGGAAGUCAGAUGACUUUGGCGAGACCUGGGUGCUGAUUCAAGAACAUGUCAAGUCCUACUUCUGGGGAGUGGAGCCAUAUGACAGCCCCACCACGGUGUUCAUCCAGAGACACGAACCCCAAGGUGUCUCCAGCAUCCUCAGCAGCACGGACUUCUUCCAGAGUGAGCAGAACCGCCGCGUCAUCCUGGAGAGAGUGGACAGCUUUCAGCUCAGAGACAAGUACAUGUUCGCCACGACCACCAGGACGCUGCUGGGAAGCCAUGAGCCGCAGUCAGUCCAGCUGUGGGUAUCCUACAACCGGCAGCCCAUGAGAUCAGCCCAGUUUAAUACCCGUCACCCCAUCACCGAGUACUACAUAGCGGAUGCCUCAGAGGAUCAGGUGUUUGUUUGCGUGAACCACAAUAACAACUCCACGCACCUGUACAUCUCAGACACACAGGGCCUGGCCUUCUCUCUCUCACUGGAGAACGUUCUGUACUACAGUCCUGAGGGCUCAGGAAGCAACACUCUGAUCAGGUACUUUGCUAGUGAGCCGUUUGCUGAUCUGCACCGCGUGGAGGGCCUGCGGGGCGUGUUCGUGGCCACACUCAUAAAUGGUUCACUUAGCGAAGACAACAUGCGUUCAGUCAUUACUUUCGAUAAAGGGGGCACCUGGGAGCUGCUGCAGCCCCCUGCUGCUGACAGCCUCGGAGGAACCAUUGACUGCCAGCUCUCUAAAGGUUGUUCUCUGCACUUGGCUCAGCGGUGGAGUCAGCUGUUGAACAUUCAGUUGCGCAGGAUGCCCAUUCUGUCUAAAGAGUCUGCACCUGGCCUCAUCAUGGCAACAGGAUCUGUGGGGAAGAACUUGGCCAACAAGCCCAAUGUGUACGUGUCCAGCAGUGCAGGCGUCAGGUGGAGAGAGGCCCUAGCUGGUCCUCACUUCUACACCUGGGGGGACCACGGAGGUAUCCUGAUGGCCAUCGCUCAAGGCGGCUCCACCAGAACACUUAAGUACAGCACCAAUGAGGGUGAGACGUGGACAGACUUCCAGUUCUCUAGGCAGGAAGUCUAUGUGUACCAACUGCUGACCGAACCGGGCGAGAAGAGCACCAUCUUCACCAUCUUCGGCUCCUAUGCUGACCAGAAGCACAGCUGGCUCAUCCUCCAAGUCAAUGCCAGCGAUGUAUUAGGCGUGCCGUGCUCUGAGGGUGACUACAAGCACUGGUCUCCAUCUGACGAGCAUGGGAACGGCUGUCUGCUGGGCCGUGAGUUGGUCUACAAGCGUCGCACGCCCCACGCAACCUGCUUCAAUGGCGAGGACUUUGACCGCCCUGUCAGUCUGUCCAACUGUUCCUGCACCCGGCAGGACUACGAGUGUGAUUACGGCUUCAAGCUGAGCGAGGACCUGUCUCUGCAAGUGUGUGUGCCCGAUCCGGAGUUUUCAGGCAACUUGUAUGCCCCUCCAGUGCCCUGCCCGGUGGGCACAACCUACCGCCGCAGCAAAGGGUAUAGAAAGGUGCCUGGGGACAGCUGCAAUGGUGGGGAUGUGGAGGCCAGGCUGGAUGGAGAGAUGCUGCCAUGUCCUGUUGGAGAGAGUAAUGAGUUUAUCCUGUACGCGGUGAGGAACUCCAUUCACCGCUAUGAUCUGGCCACGGGUGCUGACCAGCCCCUGCCUCUCUCUGGCCUCCAUGAGGCAGUGGCUUUGGACUUCGACUAUGAGAGAAACUGCCUUUACUGGGCUGACAUUUCACUGGACACCAUACAGAGGCUCUGUUUAAAUGGCAGUUCUGGGCAGGAAGUGAUCAUUAGAAAAGACCUUCAGAAUGUAGAGGCCCUGACCUUUGACCCCAUCAGCAGACUGCUGUACUGGGUGGACGCCGGCGCUCAGAAGAUUGAGGCGUCAAACCCUGAUGGGGAUCUGAGACGCACUCUGGUGAACUCAUCGGUGCUGGAGCAUCCUCGAGCCCUUGCCUUAAUGCCUGGAGAGAGUCUGAUGUUCUGGACGGACUGGGGUGACCAUGCAGCCGGGGUUUACAGCAGCUGGAUGGAUGGCUCCCACGUGGAGCGCAUAGUGUCAGAGGGUGUGCGCUGGCCUAAUGGUAUCACAGCUGAUGAGCACUGGCUGUACUGGACCGAGGCAUAUGGAGACCGUAUUGAGAGAGCUGACUUCAGAGGGGGGCAGCGUACUGUGCUAAUGGAGGGGCUGCCUCAUCCCUAUGCUAUAGCUGUGUUUAAGAAUGACCUCUACUGGGAUGACUGGUCCAGAAUGGGCAUCUUCAAGGCACCUAAAUCAGGCUCCCCGAACAGCGAGCUGCUAGUGGGCCGACUGACUGGUGUAAUGGACCUUAAGAUCUUCUACAAAGGCAAAACCAGAGGUCACAACGCUUGUGCUGACCAGCCGUGUACCCUGCUGUGUCUGCCUCAGCCUGAACACAAGCAUAGCUGUGUGUGUCCGGACGGAGUGGCCUCCACCACGCUGCCCUCGGGAGAGCUUCAGUGCCAGUGUCCUGCUGGAUAUCAGCUUCGCAACAACAGCUGUGUGAAGACCGAACACACCUGCCUGCCGAACCAGUACCGGUGCUCCAAUGGCAAGUGCAUCAGUAGCAUCUGGAAGUGCGACAGCGACAAUGACUGUGGAGACAUGAGUGAUGAGCAGGAGUGCCCCACCACCUCAUGUGACCCUACUGUGCAAUUCCGUUGUGUGGGUUCAGGUUCCUGCAUACCGCUGGCCUUCAAGUGUGACCAUGAGGAUGACUGCGGCGACAACAGUGACGAGGACCACUGUGAGUCUCAUCAGUGUGGGCCAGGGGAGUUCACGUGUGCGAGAGGUGUGUGUAUCCGCGAUGCCUGGCGCUGCGAUGGAGAUAAUGACUGCAGAGACUGGUCUGACGAGUCCAACUGCACUGUUGGCCACCACACAUGCGAGAGCAGUAGUUUCCAGUGUCACACAGGUCACUGUAUUCCGCAGCGCUGGGUUUGUGAUGGAGAUGAUGACUGUCAGGACGGCUCUGAUGAGGAGCCCAGUCACUGCGAAGGCGAACACUGUAACGGCUUCCUGUGUUCCAAUGGCACCUGUCUGCCAGCCAGCGCCCACUGCAACGGCCGGGAAGACUGUCCAGGGGGCACAGACGAGCAGCACUGCGAUCCGCUGUGCACGCGCUACAUGGAGUUUGUGUGCAGGAACAGAGCACAGUGUCUCUUCCAGUCGCUGGUGUGCGAUGGCACAAAACACUGCGCUGACGGUUCAGAUGAGGACGCGGCUUAUGCAGGCUGCUCCACCCAUCCUGAGUUUGAGAAGAAGUGUGAUGCCUACAACUUCCAGUGUGCCAACGGGGUGUGUGUGAGCCUGGACUGGAAGUGUGACGGCAUGGACGACUGCGGUGACUACUCGGACGAGGCCAGCUGUGCAAGUAACCCCACUGAGGAGCCGGGCUGCUCGCGGUACUUCCAGUACGCAUGUAAGAACGGCCGCUGUGUGCCCACCUGGUGGAAGUGUGAUGGGGAGAACGACUGUGGAGACUGGUCUGAUGAAGCUCAGUGCACAGAUGGAAUCUUACCCCAUACACCUGUUCCUGGCCCUGUCUCCUGUGCUCCCAACCGCUUCCAUUGUGGCUCCGGAGCGUGUAUAGUGAAUAACUGGGUGUGUGAUGGCUACGCUGACUGUCCUGAUGGCAGUGAUGAAGUGGGCUGUCCCACAGCCUCCAACAGCUCCGCGACUCGUACAACCACCUCCACGGCUGCACCCGAGCCUUCGGGCCGCUGCACCAGAGGACAAUUCCGGUGCCGUAAACCUCCCACCUGCAUCCCAGACUGGCAACGCUGUGAUGGACGCCGCCACUGCCAGGACGGCUCAGACGAGGACAGCUGUCCCACCCAUGGGCCUCUAGCAUGUGUGAAUGGCAGUCUGUGUGCUGAUGGGGAGGCGUGUGUGAUGGAUAGUGAGAGAUGUGAUGGCUUCUUAGACUGCUCAGACCACAGCGAUGAGGAUAACUGCACUGUCGACUCGCUGGUUUAUAAAGUCCAGAACUUGCAGUGGAGCGCUGAUUUCUCAGGCGCCGUCACGCUCACCUGGUCCCGGCCCAAAAACAUGCCACCUUCCACCUGCUCUUUCAUCAUCUACUACAGGCUGGUGGGGACUCAGCAGUGGACCACCAUGGACACACACAGCAACAAGAGCAGCUACACGCUGACCGUGCUGCGGCCGGACACCACCUACCAGGUUAAAGUGGUGACGCAGUGCCUCAGCAGGCAGCACAAAACCAACGAGAUACUGACACUCCGCACCCCUGAGGGCUUGCCAGAUCCUCCUCAAGCGCUGCAGCUCAGCUGUGAUAAAGCAGAGGACGGGACAGUGCUGUGCUCCUGGAGCCCCCCGGAUAAUUCCCACGGACUCAUCAGAGAGUACAUUGUGGAGUACAGUGAAAAGGGCAGUUCCGAGUGGUUUUCUCAGCGAAGCACCAGCACCAGUACAGAGGUCAAGAGCCUUCAGCCCAGCUCCCUGUACAUGUUCAGGGUGGCUGCAGUGACCAGCAGAGGGGUGGGGAAUUGGACUGAAAUCAAAUCCAUCGUCCCUAAGAAAGCUCUGGCACCUCCUGUUCCAAAUAUUGACAAUGUCAGUGAAGACUCAGUGACUCUGUCCAUCAAAUCUGAUUACAAGGCUAAGCACUAUGUGGUGGUGUUCUCCUGGGUCUUUGACAAGCAUGUGAAAGAAAGCAGGAACUAUACUGUCUCAGACACCUUAAAAGCCACCAAUCUGACAGCUGGGACGCUGUAUGAGAUUGCUGUGUGGGCCCACACCGCUGAUGGAGACAGCCCCACUGCCCUGUCCCGUCUGCGGACUGCAGGCAGUCAGCCAGCUCAGCCUCUACUGAAAGCCCGCGCGCUCAACCAGACUGCUGUGGACUGCAGCUGGACCGGGCCUCAGGCGCAGAUGUAUGGCGUGUUCUAUGCCACCUCCUUCCUGGACCUCUACCGCGGGCCGCACAGCGUGAACAGCAGCAGCAGCAGCCUCAUCCUCACUGUGCAGAAUGAUGAGCAGUACCUCUUCCUUGUGCGGGUAAUUGAGCCAUACCUGGGCCCUCCAUCCGAGUCAGUCGUGAUAAAAAUGAUUCCUGAUGACCGACUGCCUCCACGGAAUCUGCAUAAAGUUCGAGUGGAUAAGACACAGGCCACACUGAAAUGGCAGGCGCCAUAUGACAGCCCCAGCUCUCCUCUGACAUACGUUGUGCACGUGAAGGAUACAGUGCGGAAGUCUGAACUAGACUACAAAGUAACCACUCAGAACAACACAGUGGAGUACUGUCUAAAGGGCCUGGAGGCCGGCGGCCGCUACAGCAUCACCAUCCGGCUGCGUAACAUGUCCAAGGAGGCCGCCUACACACUCAACACAGUUCCUUUACCACCACCUGAAGCCCUCAAGAUCCUUGCUGAGAAUGGCCGUGUGUUCCUGUUCUGGAAGAGCCUGGCUGUGAAGGAGAAAAGCUUUAAUGAGAGUCGGGGCUACGAGGUCUAUGUGCAUGACAGUGUGAGCAAUUCCACUACAAUGCUUGGGAACACGACAGAGACAUUUUUCUGGACCGGUAACCUACUGCUGGGUCACAACUACACGUUCUCAGUGCGCGCUCGCUGUCUGGUGAACAACCAGCUGUGUGGAGAGGCUGCGGUGUUGCUGUAUGAUGAGUUGGGCAAAGGUCCCGACGAUCCAGCAGCUCAUUCAGCCCGUUCAGGUGACAUGGCGGCAGUGGUGGUCCCAGUCUUGUUCAUCCUGCUGUUGGGUGUGUGUGGUGGUCUGGUAGCCCUGUAUGUACGGCACCGGCGCCUGCAGCACAGCUUCACCGCCUUCGCCAACAGCCACUACAACUCACGCCUUGGAUCCGCCAUUUUCUCCUCAGGAGAUGAGCUGGGUGAUGAUGAUGAGGACGCCCCUAUGAUCAGCGGCUUUUCAGAUGACGUUCCCAUGGUGAUAGCGUAGUGAAGCUGCUUUUCCUCAAGAUCACUCUCUCCCCAUUCUCUCCCUCUUUUUUCUCCCUCCCACCUUGUUUUUCAUGGGUGUCCUUCCGGCACACCUCUGACCCCAUCACCCCGUCCAGUCUAGGAUUUCAGGAUUCAGAGGAAGAAAGGAGAAAACAAAACGAAAGAGAUAUUUUUUAAAUAUAAGAUGCACUUUUUUUCGGAUGCGCAAUAACUUAUUUUUUUAUAGAUAUUAUACUGUUUGUGGGUGAUGGACUUUGUAGGCAAAGGGGGAAAAAAUUAAUGGAAGCAAGCUGUGAAGAGGUUUGUCAGCUGGGCUCAGUGGACAGGGAAAAGACCCUAUAGUACCACUAACUCACAAACACAUCAGAGCAUUGCGUGUCUUAAAAAGCCAAAACGAGCACCUAUCCACAGGAUCAUCAUCCAGCGCAAAAACUCAAAAAUCAACAAAAAAAUAAAUCACUUAAAGGUGUACAAAUGAAAAAAAACAAAAAAACAGACCAAUGCUGGUUUAAAAAGGGAAAGAGGUACUUGGGCUGUUGACAGUGAAUUGCACAGAAUUUGAUUGUUGUAUUAUUUUGUUGUCACUUUGUCAGUAGACCUGUAUAUUUGCCCAUGUUACCGUUUUAACAUUUUUUUUUUUAUUUACUGUCUGCUCAACAUAUCGCUUCAGAGCCUGUAUAGGUGUUUUUCUCUGCUUGUGGAAAAUGUGAAAUCACCAGUUUGUGUUUCAGUUUUGCCAUUUUUUACUGGUUAUAAUGCUGAAUCACUGUAAGACAUUUAAGAAUGACCUGCAGAUCUUUAUCUCAGUAAUUCUUGCCUGACUAUUGUCAGCAUUCAGGCCACCAAAGCUGACAGAGUUGCCGUUUUGAGAAAGCCUUCUUGAAAUUUUAUACGGGACUCCUUUAAAUGGCACUGGUUUCUUCUUACCGUCGUUUUAUUUCCUUCCAUCUUUUAAGUAAUGGUGAAACUGUUACAACCGUCAUCUCAUGUGCUGUUGUUGUAUCAGUCUUUUGAUGCUCUCAGGGAACUGGGUGUGCGUAUGUGUACAGUGGUAGGAUACGGUACCAGCGUUCGCAGCCUGUGCAGUGGUUGGUGUGCUUUUCUCUCUGAGGCAGUCAUGCAGUACAGUGGCUUUGUGUAAGCGCCACGCCUGUGCACAUCAGUCAAGACUUCAUCUUAGCGUUUCGUGCCAAACGGACAGGAAAGCGGAGAGUACAGCGCGGUUUUUAAAGACACAUUUACCCGACUCGGUUGAGACGAGGUACGCUUGCAUUGAAAUGUGUUGAGAGACGUUCCAUCAAGAAGUACCUUUUUAAUCUCCCCAUUAAUUUUCAUAAGAAUACAUGCACAGAAUAUUCAGAAUGUAUAAAAAUGAGUUACAGUGGGGUUUAAGACCACCAGUGAAAACGCUCCUAUUUUGCAUUCUUUUUUCAUUUAAUACAAAGUUUUUCAUUACAAGUCAAAUCAGCAUAAAGAUCUGGGUGAAAAGUAGAAUCUUUAAAAAAGAUUUACAUAAAUGUCUGUAAUCUUUAUGUCCCUCGUUUGACAGCGUGCACUCAAAUUGGUAUGGACUCCUCAAGUUUGUGCAAAAGCCCAGCAAGCAGCUCAAAUCCAGAACACAAGAUUUAAUCAAAGAAUAAGACUUAACAUGGUCGAUGUCAGUUUGCUGAAUUUAAAUAGUGACUUGGAAAUGCUGCAGAAUUUUAAAUAUUUCUUCCUUAGUUUUCUUGCCACAUUUUUUUUAUUUCAAGUGUUUCAGAGUUCUAAAGCUUUGUUUUUACCCUUUAGGCCUCUUGGAACCCACUGUGUAUAAAAUGUGUCCAUUUAUGGUGAAAAUAUUAGUCUGCAUUAAGCUUAUUUAAGGUAAUUGGAAUUAUACACAUAGAUUAUCCUUCAAAAAUUCAGAAUCACUGUUUCCAUUAUUAUUAUUAUAUAACUAUAUAUAUUAUUUAGUUGCAGGUAAAUGUAUAAAAUGAUUCUGUUAAGAUUCUACUACUCUACAACUUUGUAGAUUUCAACUAAUUAGAAGAAAGCUGUGAAAAAAUAUAUGUAUAGUAUUUUUUAGGUGUGUCCUGAAUGAAGAACAGCUGUAGCUGAUUUUAUAAUUACUGAGGAAGCUGUAAAGCUGCAACAUUGAGAAUAAAAUUAAAUUAUAAUAAAUUUAACAUCCAGAUUGUCUUGUGUUUGAAAAUUGAUCAAAUCAGAUAACAGAGGCAGAUAACAUCAAGGAAUUACUGCGAAUAGAUAAUUACAGCAUAAUGAUACGUUCUGAUGUCCAGCCUAUAGCAUUUAAAUAUACACUGUAUUUUUGACAGCAUAAAAUAUUAAAAAUGAUUAAAACAACAGCAAUUAUUAAUAUGAGAAAUGAUUCCCAGCUUUUGAACAGUACUGUUUGGCUCAGUGUGUGAACAACGCUGUUAAUGAAACCUGUUCCCUCUGCUAAAAGCUGUGAAAACCCAGUAAGAUAAAUGAUGAAUGAGAAAUCAUUAGGACCCUCUAACAGUGGCUAUGGGAUUUUUUUUUCCCCCACAAGGUAUAAACAGGUUUCAGUAACACAUUCUGGCACAUAAUUACAUGAGUUCAUAAUUAUUAUUACUUACAAUAAGCUAAUAAUACAAAUGCAUGAUUUACCCCCCAACAAAACUAUACAACAAAAUAAAUGACCAUAAUGAAUAAUUCAUUUAAACAACUGUUAUAUUUGUCAUGUUAUGUUCAGGUAUUCUUUGGAAAUGUAUGGCGGAACAACACAAAAAGUACCCUUUUGAUGGAACGUGUCUUUAAACACACAGAACUCGAGUACUGCUCGUAAGGUUUGUUCUUGAAUGUAUUUUUUUAAUGUAAAGUUCUUUUUUAUUGUCAUUGUUGGAAAUAAUGUGGAAAUUUAAGCUUACACUGAUUGUGAAAUCCAUCUCUCACUUCCCCGCAUGUGAGAAUAUAUCGUACAUCCAUGUUUCACCACGUCUGCUCGUUCAGAAGAGUCAGGUACGAUGUCUCAGAGCACGUUUGUUCCUGUCUUAAGUCUAUAUUUACAGCAAAUCUCAGUUAUGACGUCACCUAACCUGCAACGUCAGCAAUGACCUCACACUUUAGUAAUGACCUCACACACUUAAAUAAUGACCUCACACUUCAGUAACCGUCUGUGCUUCUGUCUCCAUGUCUCUCUGCAAGCCAAUAAGCUAGCAUUCUCUGUAAGAUACCUGAUUUUGUUGCUUUUUUUGUUUUGUUUUUGUUUUCUUGGCCUUCGACAGAACUGUACAGAUUCCUGUAGUAACAGUAGAUUACAACAGUCUUGUUUCGCCUUCAGUCUGCCAUGUAUGUAACAGCUUGAGUCUCAUAUGUACGUAACUGAUGGAUUGUCAACUCACUGAAAACCCAAAGCAUGGAUGUGUCCUGUCGUCCUGUUUCACGCAUCCUGUGUUACAGUGAGGCACCAGGCUCAAUUUAAUUUUUUUCGUCUUCACUCAUGCAGUCUUUGUGUGUGAUACCGACUGUCAAACCCCAACUCUAGUUGUACAAAAAACAAAGUUUACUUUUUUGUUUUGUUUUUUCUGCACAGUAAUGACGUUGGACACGACCAUGUAUUAAGUUGAUCUUGCUUGCCUUUGGAGGGUUUUACAGACAUGAAUCUUGUGAAGAGGUACAGUCAGAGGUGUUUUAAGAACCACUUAUACUAAAAUAAACAUGUUGAAACUGUUGAAA